AUGGCUCCUCAGCCGCCGUACCCCGACGUGUUCGGUGAGAGUCGCUACUACAUCACCAGCGAACACAUGAAGGCCUUCAGGGCGAGGCUCUUCAGCGACGCCCGCAGGAAGGACACGGCCUGCUACCACCCGGACGACAAGCAGCGCCUGCUCAGCAGCGACGAGUACUGCUGGCGCUUCAUCGUGCACAACAGGCUUGACCUCGAUCGCGCGGUGAAGAUGGCAGACGCGUCGCUCAAAUGGCGGGCCCAGGCUCGCCUGCACGAGCUCAGCGAGGCGAACAUCCCCGAAGCCUGCCUUAGCGCGGGCUUCGCGUACCCCAUGAACCUCGACCGCUACGGGAACCACGUGCUCCUGCUCAGGUUGUCGAAGACCGGGCGGCUGCCCCUCCAGGACGUGCGCCGACUGCUCAUCUUCAUGGUGGAGUCGCUGCUGCGCAAGCAGAACGCCAGCCGCAUCACGCUCCUGGUGGACUGCGCAGCCGCGGACAGACGCCAGCUGGACCUAGCGCGCUUCCUGACGGCCAUCUUCAGGUGUUACUACCCCAGGUCCCUGGGCUAUGUCCUGUUCUGGGAGCCUCCGAGGCUCCUGCUCGGCCUGUGGCGGAUCUGCCGGAGUCUCCUGCCCGUCGAGGCUGUGGAGAGGGUGCGCAACGUGACGGCCGGCGACGCCACGCGCUACAUCGACUGCGACAAGCUACCCACGUGGAUGGGAGGCACGGAUUCGUACCAGUACGUCUACACGCCCGGGCAGCCCCUGGGGGACCGGUGUCCUCGGCUGCAGCCGCUGGACCCCGGCAGCUCCCCGUCGGCAAACCUCCAGGUGUACGGCAUGUUCACAGCAUAG